CUGGCUGUCGGCGAGAGAUGAGCAACCCGAACAAGUUUGCCGGCAUCGCUAACGGCAAGGCGAGACAGUCACACAAGCAGAGUACUGCUUCGCCCUUGCCCUCAUCGAGUAGCACGCCCAAGCCGACCGCUUUGACGGCGCCAUCUGCAACUCCCCAUGUGGACGCCUUUCUCGGUCGACGGAUGGUGGAGUACUCGAGCGAGAACGACAAGUGUCCGGUGUGCAAGUAUGACCGCUACUCGAACCCGAAGCUGCGCCUGCUCGUCUCGAGAUGCUACCACAAGAUGUGUGAAUCCUGUAUCGACAGACUCUUCACCCUUGGACCGGAGCCAUGUCCCCAGUGCGGCACCGUCAUUCGCAAGUCUGGCUUCCUGCCGCAGACGUUCGAAGAUCUGGGCGUGGAGAAGGAGAUUGUCAUCAGGAAGAGACUGGCAAAGUCGUUCAACAAGAGGCAGACUGACUUCAAAGAACUCAAGUACUACAACGACUACCUCGAGCAGGUAGAAGAGAUCACUUUCAAUCUCAUCAACGGCGUCGACCUGCUAGAGACCGAAGAGAGGAUACAGAAAUUCCAAAAGGAGAACAGCGAUCUCAUUACGAGCAAUAGGCAGUCGAGCCUGCGCGAGGCAGAAUCUAUCAAGCAAAGGGAGGCUCAAGACAUCAAGUCUCGUCACUUGAAAGCGCAGCAGCUACGGGACGCAGAACGAGAAGAAGAGCUCGAGCUCGAGCGCAGCAGGGACCAAGUCAUUGCCGAGCUGGAAUCGACCGACAAGUCUGCCAAGCGUAUCGUCAAGAAGCAUGCACGAGAAGUGGCAGCACACCAGAUCGACACCACGACCUCGCGCUCUACUGCCGGCUACAACUUUGCCGGUCUGAUCAGUGCAGAGGACCAGAUGGGCAUUGACGAGAAAGAACAAGAAGAGCUGGAUAUCGAUGGCGAACUCGGACGAUGGGAUGACUAUACGACUUUGUACGACGUACCUGCCGAUGCCAAGGCUUACCAAGACGAAGAGAUGCUCAAGAUCACUCAGAGUGCCCUCGUACAAGCCGGAGGCUACAGCAUCCUGCCAGUCUGGAACAGAUCCAUUCAGCUCGCACUUGGCUCACUGUUCCGACCGCUAGAGGCCUAG